CCUUUUUUAAAUUUCAAAUUAUCAGUUCCAUUUUGAGUAUUGCCAAAAAGUUUCAGUGAAACGAGUAGUCAUGGCGGCCGACUCUGUACAUUGGUACAUGGAGGAGGUCGGAGCUCGAGUGGUGGCGAAGACUGGGAUCCCUUCAGACAGAUAUCACCUCGGGAAGCUCAUGCUGCAUAGCUUACAAGACGAUCCCGACUUUAUUCUGCAGAUCGAUGGAGCGACAGGUGAAUCAGAAACCUUCGGCUCAGCUUUAGACAGAAGCAUCCGAUGUGCUGUCUCCCUCAGCAACAUGGGGCUGAAGAAGGGCGACGUCAUGGUGCUGAUGGGACCAAACCACAUACAUUUCUCAGUACCGCACAACGCAGCUCUGUAUCUUGGUAUCAUGGUGGCAUCCGUUGAUGUUACUUUGGGAGUUUACGAAUUAACGAAAAUAUUUGAGACCAACAAACCGAAGAUAAUAUUCUGUCAAAGUGAGAAGACGAAGGAUAUCGAGGAAGCGCUGAAGAUGUCAAACUUGAACACCAAAGUUUUGACCUUCGAUGAAGACGGUCAACAUUCAACACUGUCCGAUCUCCUUAAGGUGGAAGACCAGGAUUCAUUGAAGAACUUUAAGCCAGCAGACUUUGAUCCAGAUGAAACCAUUGCAUAUUUGACAUCAACUAGCGGUACGACUGGAGUUCCAAAAACUGCUAUGCUCUCACACAAGAACUUUAGCAUAGGAUUGCGUUAUAUAUGGACGAAAUUUUCCAAGUUCCCGACGCCCACGAAAAUGGUGUUAGUGACAUCACCAGCUCAGUGGCUAUCAGCUGGGAUCCACUACAUCUUCUCUUCAAUAAUGAAGUAUACUCGAUUGCAGACAUCAGCUACUGUCACUCCGGAGCAUUUUGCUGAACUUGUCAACAAAUAUAAGCCAACCUUCCACGCUACCGGUCCUAAUAUAAUUCUGACGAUGAUAGCAAAAGCUAAAUGUGACUUCACCUGCUUCGAGUUCAUAGUGAUGGGGGGCAGUGCUGUAACACAGGAUGUUGUUGACGAAGUGAAGAAAGUCGCACAAACUGAUCAUGUAUAUGCCAUGUACGGAAUGAGUGAAGCUUGUGGAUUGGCUGUACAGCCGGACUACUAUACUCCACCUGGAUCUUACGGGAAACCAAUACACGGCUUACAAUUGAAACUGGUAGAUCCUAACACAAACGAAGAGAUCACAGAACCCAAUGUUCCUGGAGAAGCAUGGUUUAAAGGUCCUAGUGUCUUUAAAGGGUAUUACAAUAACCCUGAAGUGACGAAGGCGACUAUUACGGAGGACGGCUGGCUGAAGUCUGGAGAUAUUUUGUACAGGGAUCAGAACUGGAACCUGUUCUUUGUGGACCGAUACAAGUUACUGUUGAAGUAUAAAAAUCAUCAUGUGUCUCCAGUAGAAGUUGAAGAGGUGAUCAUGAAGCACCCUGGAGUAUUCGAAGUGGCUGUGACAGGUAUACCAGAUAGGGAGUGCGGGGACCUGGUGGUGGCGUUUGUGGUGCCCAAGCCUGGGUGCAGCCCAACAGCGCAAGAGAUCAAGGAUCUGGUCAAAGAAUCGCUGACUGAUUCCAAGCAACUAAGAGGAGGUGUCAUUUUCUUGGAAGAACUGCCAUUGACUAGCACAUCCAAGGUCAAUAGACAAAAACUUAAAGAAAUAGCACGAACCUUGCCCAGAGAAUGAAAUUUAUAAUAUUGAUUUGUAAUAAACAAAAAUAAAUGUAUUUA